CAGUUAUCUACUUGCAUUUUAAUGGCUCACAGAGCAAUGAGAGGAGCAGCUAUGAGUGUAAUAACAGCAGUCAGUGGAUUUGUUCUCCUCACUGUGACAGUCGUUCUGGGUCAGGAUGUCUGGGGAGUGACUUACACUUCUACUCAGAUCUGUGCUGUAAAAGGAUCCACAGUGGAGCUACGCUGCACCUUCAGAUACCCAUGGACUAUAAAUGGAAUAAAUACAAGAGUUGUCAAAAAAUUCUGGUUCAUCAGAGACGAAAAUAAUGAACCUGUGGACCUGAAAACAGAGUCAGAGUACAGAGAUCGUGUUCAGUAUCAGCGUAAAAACAACGACUGCACUCUGAGAAUCUCAGACCUCAGAGAGAGCGACUCAGCUGAGUACAAGUUCAGAUUCAUAACAAACGAUCCAAGAGGGAAAUAUACUGGAUCACCUGGAGUCAUUUUGACAGUCACAGAUCUGCAGGUGCAGGUGAGCAGAUCAGCUGUCAGAGGUGAUUUUAAGUCAGCAGAUCUGAAGUGUGAGAGCAGUUGUCCUCUGCCUGAUAAUCUCUCCUACAUCUGGUACAAGAAUGAACGGAUCAUCACAGGACAAACAUCUAAUCUUCUUCUAAACUACCUGGAUCCUACAAACAGGAUUUCCUGUGCUGUCAGAGGAUAUGAGAACUUCCACUCUCCUUCAGUGGUGGUGAAGGAUGUCUGGGAUGUGACUUACACUUCUACUCAGGUCUGUGCCUUCAAAGGAGCAACAGCAGAAAUACGCUGCACCUUCAGAUACCCAUCGACUAUAAAUGGAAUAAAUACAGAAGUUGUCCAAAAAUUCUGGUUCAUCAGAGACGAAAAUAAUGAACCUGUGGACCUGAAAACAGAGUCAGAGUACAAAAACCGUGUUCAGUAUCAGUGUAAAAACAACGACUGCACUCUGAGAAUCACAGACCUGAGAGAGAGCGACUCAGCCGAGUACAAGUUCAGAUUCAUAACAAACGAUCCAAGAGGGAAAUAUUCUGGUGUACCUGGAGUCACUUUGACAGUCACAGGUCCACAGCUCCAGGUACAUGUGAGGAGAUCAACAGUAAACUCUUAUUCUAACUGGAAAGAGCUGACAUGUCACAACAACUGUCAGCUACCCGAUCAAUCUUCCUACAUCUGGUACAGGAAUGGACACAAACUUUCAUCAGACGAACAAUAUUUACACCUCAACACAUUUGAUUCUGCAGACAGUUUUCACUGUGCUGUGAAAGGAUAUGAGCAAUUCCCUUCUCCAACAGUGUAUGCUCCAAAGCUUCCCUCUGUGUCAGUGAGUCCCUCUGCUGAGAUAGUGGAGGGCAGUUCAGUGACUCUGACCUGUAGCAGUGAUGCUAACCCAGCAGCUAGUUACACCUGGUACAAGGAGGAUGUCAUCAACCCUCUCAUUUACCAAAACCAACAUUUUUUCUUCUCCAUCCUGCCCUCUGACUCUGGAAAGUAUUACUGUACAGCUGAUAAUGACCUGGGACAAAAGAGAUCUGAAAGCAGAACUAUUGAUGUGAAAUAUGCUCCAAAGCUUCCCUCUGUGUCAGUGAGUCCCUCUGCUGAGAUAGUGGAGGGCAGUUCAGUCACUCUGACCUGUAGCAGUGAUGCUAAUCCAGCACCUAGUUACACCUGGUACAAGGACAACAAAGUACUGGCAACAAGACAAAAGAAUGUUUAUCACUUUAUCUCCAUUAAAUUGGAGAACAGUGGGAAUUAUUCCUGCAAGUCUGAGAAUCAGUAUGGACAGAAGAACUCUACGUCUCUAUCAAUAGAUGUUCAAUAUGCUCCAAAGCUUCCCUCUGUGUCAGUGAGUCCCUCUGCUGAGAUAGUGGAGGGCAGUUCAGUCACUCUGACCUGUAGCAGUGAUGCUAACCCAGCAGCUAAAUACACCUGGUACAAGGAGGAUGAAGACUCACCUAAAGCAUCAGGACACAACUUCACCAUCAGCAACAUCAGACCUGAGCACAGUGGGAGUUAUUACUGUGUGGCCCACAACAGCAGAGGACGUCAUAAUGUCACCUUACAGCUGACUGUCAGGGAAGAUUUCCCGAAGGCGGCAAAACUAGCUGUCACUGGAAUAACUCUUGUGGUUUUCCUAGUUAUUAUAUGCCUCUUGGUCUUUUUCCUGCUUGCAAAAAAGAAGCCCUCAGCAUUAUUUCCUGUGCCUGGAAACAGACGGGACAACAACAACAAGGUUUCCUGCACAUCUCCAAGUCAGCACACAGGGAAGACAGAGUCUCCACCCAGUCACUCAGAGGAAGAUGAAGAGCUUAACUAUGCUAGUGUCCGAUUCUCAACGAACCAGACUGAUCCCAUUUAUUACAACAUCCGAUCAGCUGGAUCCCGCAGACAAAAGGUGAAAGAGGAGGAUGAGCAUGUAGAGUACGCUGCAGUCAACUUCAGUCCUGCCCUGAGAACUGUACACCAGGACAGUGAGGAGGAUCCGUCUGAAUUGUACAGCACAGUCAAGAAAAUCUGAUAAAAGCAAAAGGAAGCCGAACUGUGGACCAUUCUUUAAUUGUCAGUUCCUAAUAGAGCUACUGGACAGUAGAUAUGAUUCUACAAUAUAAUUUUGGUCAGGCGUUCAUUGUCCCCUGAGGGUAACUGCUGUGGACUUGAUUGUCUGAUUUCAUCUGAAGUUUUGUACUACACCUCUAGUUUUAACUUCAACUGAUAUUUCUUCAAAAGAGUGUCCAGAUGUUUGGGGAGUAGAGGUUAUUUUGUCAUUUUCUUUGAAACUACUUGUUCAACACUGGAAAAAACAACAAGUCCAUUCAAGAUUUUUCAGGUUCUUAAAGUUUGGUACAAAUAUGCAGGUUAUCUGUUGCUGUCUAUUGCCAAGAUUUAGUGCAAACCUUCAUGUCCACCUUCUGAUCCACCAUCAGGCAAAAAAUUCAUCUCAUACGUUUGUUGGAAGUCAUGUAUACUUGACUAAAAUGUAUAUUUCUUUUAGUUUCAUGAGACAUAGGAAAUGUUUUUGCACUGCAGCACUGUAUGUAAUAGCUAAUACAUGGUAAGCUUGUAUUUAUUAAUAUUAUUAAUAUUAUUGUUGUUGUAAUACAUCAGUAUGCUGAGUUAAAGAGCACCGAGUUAUUGGAAAAGAACAUGCGUCCUGUUUCCACUCCAUAGUAGUACAGAAUAAUAUUUUACACAUUUUCCACGAUUCACUUUAGUUCUGUCUGUUUUAUAUUUUGUCUGCAUCAUUCCUGCUCUCAGUUGUUUAAUUGUAAUUUGCUUAAAGUAAAACCAUCAUUAUUUAAAAGAACUCUUCUGUUUCCUGUUGUUAACUCUGAUGGUGGUUUUGAAUGUUGUUUUAAAUGCAUUCUUUUCACACUGAUUGUUUAUAACAUGCUUUACAAAUAGAAUAAUCUUUACAUCUGAGUUCCCGAGUUCAUGUUUUUGUGUCAGAUAUUUCUGUUUCAAAGCAUUUCUUGUGUUAUUUCUUGUAUUAUAUUGUAACCAUGUGCCUUUGUGUGCUCAU